AUGCCUGGAGGCAGAAGAAGCAUGAGCAUCAGACUGACUGCAUUGCCCACCUCAUGCACUAUUUCACCAACCUACGGGCUCAACACAUGCAAAACAGCAAGAUCACCCAUCACACAAGAAGCAAUAGAAGCUCUCACAAAUAGAGUCAAGGACGCACCAUUUACAAUUAUGCAAAUGUCAAGCUCCACACUGGUCCUGGUUGUCACAGCCAUCCAGGCAGUAGCCUUCCUCCUGAAGGAUGUAGAAACUAGUGGUGCAGCAGAUGCCAUCAUGGAGCAAGUCAUGCACUCUCUCAUCACCAAACUGGCUGAUGCCAACAUAGCCAGCACCAUGUCUAAGAGAAUCACGGAGGAUAUCACUGCCAAACUGGUAGACCAUGUUAUAGCAGCUAUAUCACCCCAGGUCGCCUUGGUAUAUGAUGCCUCACAAUCCCUCACAUCGACACUAGAGGAAAUGUCUGCACUUCACACCUCCAUAGGAAGGGAAAGGACAGAAAAAGAGGAUAAUGUCAAGACUGUGGCAGACCAUAUUGAGGAUGCUGCAGAUGCUCUCCACGACUCAGUAGAAACCUACCAGAAAGCGCUUCAGAUACUAACUCCAUCCCUAGAUGCAACACAGGAAAAGAUUGACCAGCUCCCUACACAGAUCCUCAAAACCCCAGCACCAUCCCAAGGAACUGUCCACCCUUCCUACAGCUCAGUGGUCACAACCCACCUACCACCACAAGUAGACAAGGCAAUAGGCUGUGCAGCACUUCAAGCACACCAAAUCCUACUGGACCCCCUCCCAGGAGGAGUACUGUUCUCACUGAACACCUCAAAAUGCGACAUGGCAACCAAAAUCAAGACUGCAUUGGAAGCUGCAAGAAACAAUUCCACUCCAGAAGGCACCAUAUGCUCGAUCACUGCAUUACAUAAUGGAGCCAACCAGGUAGGACUGCACUGGAGGCUCACCUGGACAUUUCUGUAUUGUUCCGCCAAUGCCAAUACCCUCUAG